UCGUACUUGGUACGCGCCAGCGGGGAGGCCAGGCCCAGCCCCGGCGGUACAAUAGGGUUGGGCCGCGGCCGGGACUGGGCCGGCGCCGGGCAGGGAGAGGGAUCGCUGCCGGAUCCGACAGCCACUGGGCGCCCGGCGACUCCGAGCCUAGCAGGCCACCAGCCGAGCCAGCCCCGACCUUCCCCGGAGCGCCCCCGCCUCCGAGUCUUGCCCGCCGGGCCGGGCCGGGCGUGAUGCACCGCGGGACCCCUGUCCUGGCCGCUGGCCGCCGCCGCCGCCGCCGCUGAGACCCCCAAGACCCCCCGUGACGCCGCAGCCAUGGAGAGCGGCUCACAUGCAGAGCCGGGUGCGGGCGCACCCCCAGCUGUGGCAGCCAGGACCCCCCCAGAGCCAAGACCUUCUCCUGAAGGUGACCCCUCCCCACCGCCGCCACCACCACCGAUGUCAACCCUGGUCCCUGACACUCCCCCAGACACCCCACCUGCCAUGAAGAAUGCCGCUAGCUCUAAGCAGCUCCCACUGGAACCAGAGAGCCCCACAGGGCCAGUGGGGCCUAGAUCAGCCCCCCAGCAGGAAGAAUCCCCUUUCUCAGAAGGGAAGAGCAGGGGACCCACCCCACCAGCCACAGGCCCCCGGGAUUCCAGACCUCCUCGAAGGAGCAGCCAGCCAUCCCCGACGGCGGUGCAAGCCUCUGACAGCCCUCCCACCAAGCAAGAUGUAAAGAAGGCAGGAGAGAGACACAAGCUGGCAAAGGAGCGGCGAGAAGAACGAGCCAAGUACCUGGCGGCCAAGAAAGCAGUGUGGCUGGAGAAGGAGGAGAAGGCCAAGGCGUUGCGGGAGAAGCAGCUCCAGGAGCGCCGCCGGAGGCUGGAGGAGCAGAGGCUCAAAGCCGAGCAACGCCGCGCGGCCCUCGAGGAGCGGCAGCGGCAGAAGCUGGAGAAAAACAAGGAGCGCUAUGAAGCGGCCAUCCAGAGGUCAGUGAAGAAGACAUGGGCCGAAAUCCGGCAGCAGCGCUGGUCCUGGGCAGGAGCCCUGCACCACAGCUCCCCAGGACACAAGACCAGUGGGAGCAGGUGCUCCGUGUCGGCAGUAAACCUGCCUAAACACGUGGACUCUAUAAUCAACAAGCGGCUCUCAAAGUCCUCUGCCACGCUCUGGAACUCCCCCAGUAGAAAUCGCAGCCUACAGCUCAGCGCGUGGGAGAGCAGCAUCGUGGACCGUCUGAUGACACCCACCCUCUCCUUCCUGGCACGGAGUCGCAGUGCGGUCACACUGCCCCGCAACGGCCGGGAUCAGGCCGUGCCCGUGUGCCCGCGCUCGGCCUCCGCCAGCCCCCUCACGCCGCCGAGCAGCGCCCCCCGAAGCGUGCACCGCUGCGCCCCAGCUGGGGAGCGCGGGGAGCGCCGCAAGCCCAGCGCCGGGGGCAGCCCGGCCCAGGUCCGCCGCCGGCCUGAAGCCUCGCCGGUGAGUGGGCGGCACGCAGGGGUGGGGCAGGGAGCCGGCCAGGCCGGGGGAGCGCGGCGCCGUCAACUUCUGCUCCCCACUCUCCUUCCCCCUCCUUAUCAGGUGCAGAAAAAGGAGAAGAAGGACAAGGAGCGGGAAAAUGAGAAGGAGAAGAGUGCCCUGGCCCGGGAGCGCAGCCUCAAGAAGCGCCAGUCACUGCCUGCGUCUCCGCGCCCGCGCCUCUCUGCCGGCAACGCCGAGCUCAGUCCCAAAGGCAAGGCUCGGCCAUCCUCUCCCUCCACAUCCUGGCACAGGCCUGCCUCCCCCUGCCCCAGCCCAGGGCCAGGUCACGCUCUGCCCCCCAAACCACCGUCCCCUCGGGGCACCACUGCAUCACCCAAGGGGCGGGUUCGGAGGAAGGACGAGGCAAAGGAGAGCCUCAGUUCGGCAGGACCUGUGGACAAGAACCAGAACAAAGGCAAGACCGGUGACGAGAAGGAGCCAGCAGCCCCUGCCUCACCAGCUCCCUCACCUGUGCCCUCCCCCACCCCAGCCCAGCCCCAGAAGGAGCAGCCCACAGCCGACAUCCCUGCAGAUACUGCUGUCCUGACCUCACCCCCAGCCCCUGCUCCACCAGCGACCCCUAGCAAACCCAUGGCGGGCACCACAGACCGAGAAGAGGCCACUCGACUCCUGGCUGAGAAGCGGCGCCAAGCACGGGAGCAGCGGGAGCGCGAGGAACAGGAGCGGAGGCUGCAAGCAGAAAGGGACAAGCGCAUGCGAGAAGAGCAGCUGGCGCGGGAGGCCGAGGCUCGGGCCGAGAGGGAGGCGGAGGCCCGGAGGCGGGAGGAGCAGGAGGCCCGAGAGAAGGCGCAAGCAGAGCAGGAGGAGCAGGAGCGGCUGCAGAAGCAGAAAGAAGAGGCUGAAGCUCGGUCCCGGGAAGAAGCGGAGCGGCAGCGUCUGGAGCGGGAAAAGCACUUCCAGCGGGAGGAGCAGGAGCGGCAAGAGCGCAAAAAGCGUCUGGAGGAGAUCAUGAAGAGGACUCGGAAGUCAGAAGCUGCUGAAACCAAGAAGCUGGACAGAAAGGAGGCAAAAGCCAACAAUUUCAGCCCAGACCCUGUGAAAGCCGGGGAGGCUCGGCCCUCAGGGCUGCAGAAGGAGGCUGUGCAGAAAGAGGAGCUGGCCCCCCAGGAGCCUCAGUGGAGCCUGCCAAGCAAAGAGUCACCAGGAUCCCUGGUGAACGGCCUGCAGCCUCUCCCUGCACACCAGGAGAAUGGCUUCUCCCCUAAGGGGCCCUCUGGGGACAAGAGCCUGGGCCGAACGCCAGAGGCACUCCUGCCCUUCGCUGAGGCAGAAGCUUUCCUCAAGAAAGCUGUGGUACAGCCCCCACAGGUCACAGAAGUCCUUUAAGGGGUUGCCUUGGAUCCAGGCAUAGCUAUGAGGGCUCCUCUGCAUCAUCUACCAGGACGUCUGGAAGAGAAAGAGACAGAACAAAGCCGGAAGUGGCCUGGGCCCCUUGGGGUGGGUCCUCUGUUAUUUUUAAUCUGCACCUUAUAGACUGAUGUCUCUUUGGCUGGAGCCAGGCCCUGCCCCUCAGUGCAUUCGUGUGCUCGCACGUGCGGACACCCCCCUCCCAUACACACACAUACACUCACAGCCUCUCUGGCCACCUCCCUUGGGGAAGGGCCGCCUGUAGUAUUUGCCUUGGUUUGGUGGGGUACAGUGGAUGUGAAUACUGUAAAUAGCUUGUGCUCAGACUCCUCUGCGUGGAGGGGGCGGGUGCAGGAGGCAGACCCUCCCAAGACUCCCUGGGGUGAUCUUCCUCUCUCUAUUUAACUGUAACUGAGGGGGAACCCAGGGCUGGGGCUGGGGGGGCACCUUGGGCCACAGAAUACUGGUUGCUUUAGGGGUACCCAUGCCCCCUGCCCUCGCCUGGAAUCAGUGUUAUUGCAUCUGAUCAAACUUCUCCAGAAAUAAAGUGAGAAUAAUUCUGCCA